AUGCCUGUUACAGACUUUAAAACAAUGGAUGAGCGAGUAUCCUUACAUCACAGCCCUGAGAAGGAGAAAACUCUAAGACAUACUGGUUAUUUUGCUUCGGCAUGCGCCGUGAAAAAAAUUCGGGUUGGAAUCUGCUUGCUUCUGGUGGAGAUGUGUGAGAGGUUCACUUUCUUUGAAGUCGUCUGCAAUAUGAUCCCCUUUUGCACUGUCAAGCUUGGCUAUCCCAAUUACCAGGCAGCAAUUUUGAACUUGUGUUUUAUUGGAACUUCAAUACUUAGCCCUAUGUUUGUGGGAUGGCUUGCUGAUGUCUGUCUAGGAAGAAACAAACUGGUAUAUGCUUGCUUGUGUCUACAUUUUCUAGGCACUGCUUUGUUAUCCGUGGUUGCUUUUCCCUUGGAAGAUUUCUAUAUAGGCACUCACCACGUGAUUAACCAUAUACCAAAGGAGGAGCAGAAGAGGCUGUUCUACACAGCCCUGUUGGCCAUCUGCCUUGGUGCAGGAGGAAUGAGAGCCAUCAUUUGUCCACCGGGUGCCUACAACCUUCAGGAGCGUGGAUCCCAGAAACAAAUGUCUUUUUUUAACUGGUUUUGUUGGAUCAUGAACCUGAAAGCAACUGUUGUCUUUCUGGGAAUAUCUUACAUCCAGCACUCAGGGGCCUGGGCCCUGGUUUUACUCAUUCCUUUUAUGUCUACACUUAUGGCUUUGAUAACUCUUCAUAUGAUGCACUGUAACUUGAUUUAUCAGCCAGAAAAAUGUUGCUCCCUCCUGACAACCUUUGGUGUGUUUAUUAAUGCACUGAGAAUAUGCUGUCUGCGCUAUUGUCUUGCUGGAGAUGUGACAAGCUGGUUAGACCAUGCCAAGAAAAAAAAUGGCGGUUGCUAUAGUGAGCUCCACGUAGAAGAUACAAAAUUUUUCUUCACCCUUCUCCCUCUCUUCAUUUUUCAGCUCCUCUACAGAAUAUGCAUUAUGCAGAUUCCUUCAGGAUAUUAUGUGCAGACCAUGAAUUCCAACCGGAAUUUGGAUGGAUUUCUUCUGCCAGUUGCAGUAAUGAAUGUCGUCAGCACCCUACCACUAUUAAUUCUGGCGCCUUGUAUAGAGUAUUUCAGCACUUGCCUCUUUCCCUCGAAGAGAGAUGGAUCAUUUCUGUUGGCAUGCAUUAUCGCUGGAAAUCUUUCUGCUGCGUUGUCUGUGAUGGUAGCUGGCUUCUUUGAAAUACACAGAAAACACUUCCCUCCAGUGGAGCAGCCUCUUUCAGGCAAAGUCCUCACCGUUUCUUCCAUGCCCUGUUUCCACCUGGUUCUUCAGUAUGUUUUGCUUGGAGUGGCUGAAACACUGGUCAACCCAGCCUUCUCUGUAAUACAUAGAUUUGUUCCGAAUACCAUCAGAGGAACCUCUAUGAAUAUUUUGACACUGUUCAAUGGAUUUGGUUGUUUCAUGGGGGCAUUGCUGGUGGAGUUGGUAUAUCUCAUCUCAGAAGGCAAUUGGUUUCCAAACACAUUAAACAAAGGCAAUUUAGAAAGCUUCUUCUUCUUUUUGGCAUCAUUAACGUUGUUGAACGUCCUGGGAUUCUGGAGUGUUUCACAAAGGUAUUGUAAUCUAAAUCAUUUUAAUGCCCAGAACAUGAGUGGAAGUAAUCUUGAAGAAACACUUCUCCUCCAUGAAAAGUCUCUGAAAUUUUAUGGCAGUACGCAGGAAUUUUCUUCAAGUAUUGAUCUUUGGGAGACAGCCCUAUGA